GUGUCGCUAACGCUGGGGAAAACUAUAGGGAUAAGAAAGAUAUUUCUGAACCCAGCAAGUGAGCGACUAUCUCUUUCCCGCUUCUAAGCUGAAGUUGGAGCAAAAGCACAAGAAGCUCCUCAGUUGCUUGCAAAACCCCUAAAUAUUAGGGUUUCCGUCUUUCAAAGUUGCAGUCUCUGAUUCUGAGUCCGAGGCAUUCGCUUUUUUCCUUCUCUCUUAGGCCAUUCAUACGAGAAUGGCUACUUGUACUUUUCUUUCCCUUUGUCCUCACGCGUUCUGUUGCCGGCACCGCCCUUACCCUACACGCCGUUCCCUUACUUGCUCUUUUUCCUCUUCUGUCCUCUCAGAUACUGAUGGAUCUAAAGUGCUGCGGAAAAGAUCAAGAAAAAUAGAAGGUCCUAAAAAAAGCAUGGAAGACUCUGUUCAACGUAAGAUGGAGGAGUUUUAUGAAGGACGGGAUGGGCCACCCCUCCGAGUUCUUCCUAUUGGUGGGUUGGGUGAAAUUGGGAUGAAUUGCAUGCUUGUUGGCAACUAUGAUCGCUAUAUCCUCAUUGAUGCCGGUGUCAUGUUUCCAGACUAUGAUGAGCUUGGGGUUCAAAAGAUCAUACCUGAUACAACAUUUAUAAGAAAGUGGAGCCACAAAAUUGAAGCAGUCGUUAUAACACAUGGUCAUGAAGAUCAUAUUGGUGCAUUGCCAUGGGUCAUCCCAGCAUUAGAUUCUCGAACCCCAAUUUUUGCAUCAUCCUUUACAAUGGAGCUUAUAAGGAAACGUUUGAAGGAUCAUGGUAUUUUUGUUCCAUCCCGACUCAAAGUAUUUAGAACAAGGAAAAAGUUUGUGGCUGGUCCAUUUGAGAUAGAGCCUAUCACAGUGACUCAUUCUAUUCCUGAUUGCUGUGGAUUAGUGCUUCGCUGUUCUGAUGGUACCAUUCUUCACACUGGGGAUUGGAAGAUCGAUGAAACACCAUUAGAUGGUAAAGUUUUUGAUCGUGAAGCUCUUGAGGAACUCUCUAAAGAAGGAGUCACAUUGAUGAUGAGUGAUUCAACAAAUGUACUCUCACCUGGAAGGACAAUCAGCGAAUCUCUUGUGGCAGAUGCAUUAUUAAGGCAUAUUUCAGCUGCUAAAGGAAGGGUUAUAACAACCCAGUUUGCAUCAAAUAUACAUCGUCUUGGAAGUGUGAAAGCUGCUGCUGAUUUAACUGGCAGAAAGUUGGUAUUUGUUGGCAUGUCUUUAAGAACAUAUUUGGAUGCAGCUUGGAAGGAUGGAAAGGCUCCAAUUGAUCCAUCUACUCUGGUGAAAGCAGAGGAUAUUGAUGCUUAUGCUCCAAAGGAUCUGCUUAUUGUAACAACAGGUUCUCAAGCAGAACCACGUGCUGCCUUGAAUCUUGCAUCGUAUGGAAGUAGUCAUUCUUUCAAACUGACAAAGGAAGAUAUUGUUCUGUACUCAGCUAAGGUUAUCCCUGGUAAUGAGUCUCGUGUUAUGGAAAUGCUAAACCGCAUAUCAGAGAUUGGAUCAACUAUUGUUAUGGGGAAGAAUGAAUGUCUGCAUACAUCUGGUCAUGGGUAUCGUGGAGAAUUGGAGGAAGUACUUAGAAUUGUGAAGCCGCAACAUUUUCUUCCCAUACAUGGAGAACUAUUGUUCUUGAAGGAGCAUGAAUUACUUGGAAAAUCAACUGGCAUUCGGCACACUACUGUUAUUAAGAAUGGAGAGAUGCUUGGUGUUUCUCAUUUGAGAAACAGAAGAGUCCUUUCUAAUGGUUUCAUUUCACUUGGAAAAGAGAAUUUGCAGUUGAUGUACAGUGAUGGUGACAAAGCAUUUGGUACAUCCGGUGAACUCUUCAUUGAUGAAAGAAUGAGAAUUGCAUUAGAUGGCAUCAUUGUGGUUAGCAUGGAAAUCUCUCGCCCUAAAAAUUUAGACAGUCCAUUUGAAAACACCUUAAAAGGAAAAUUAAGAAUUACCACAAGAUGCCUGUGGCUUGACAAGGGAAAGCUGUUGGACGCACUCCAUAAAGCAGCUCAUGCUGCUCUUUCAAGCUGCCCUGUAAACUGUCCACUGGCUCACAUGGAAAGAAUUGUGUCUGAGGUGCUGAGGAAAAUGGUGCGGAAGUACAGUGGCAAAAGGCCCGAAGUUAUUGUCAUUGCCCUAGAAAAUCCUGCAGCUGUUCUUGCUAAUGAGAUAAAUACAAGGUUGUCUGGAAAACCUCUUGUGGGUGGGGUAUCGACAUUGAGAAAAGUGGCAGAUGGACACAGGAAAGAAAAUCAGAGAACUAAAAUGCAAACAAGAGAUCAAAUUGACAUGGAUGGUCUACUGCCUACUGAUGAUGCUGCUGUCUCAACUGGUGUUGAGGAUGAUUUGUCUGAUGCAGAGGAUUCAGAUGAAUUUUGGAAAACAUUUGUUGAAUCCUCUCCAGUUGAGAAGUCAAUUAAAGCUAACAAUGGUUAUGUUGCUCGAAAGGAGCAGUCAUCCCAGCUGAAGAUAGAUGAUUCUGAAGACGCUGAAGAAUGCAGUUUUGUGGAGACAUCAAAUUCUAAAGCCAAAUCUUCAAAAUUAGCAAAGAGAAAUAAAUGGAAACAUGAGGAAGUUAAGAAGCUGAUUGGUAUGCGUGGGGAACUCAAUGACAGAUUUCAAGUUGUGAAGGGAAGGAUGGCCCUCUGGGAAGAAAUAUCUCAGAACUUGUUGGCUGAUGGGAUCAGCAGAAGUCCUGGGCAGUGUAAAUCCCUGUGGACAUCCUUGUUACAGAAAUAUGAGGAGGUUAAGAAUGAGAAGAAGAGCAAGAAAAAAUGGCCAUAUCUUGAGGACAUGAAAAGGAUUCUGCCUGAUAAUGAGGCGUUAGCAACAAAAUGAUUGCAAAGGCGAUGAUGAACUAGACAAGAUAAUUUUCAGGAGUUUUCCAAUGAUUGGAUAUAUUUCUGAGCAUGGUCUCAGGAAAGAUAAUCCUUCAGUUGCAUAACUCUUUCAAUCUUGGACUCCAUCAUUGAAGGUCCAUAGUUUCGUGAGGAGAUAGACAGCAUAAAAGCAUUGGCAUUUUACAUUAACAUAAGUUAAUGAGGGAGACUAUGCUGGUUCAGGGGAUUAUCUAUUCCCCACCUCAAAAGGCAGCCCUCCACCAAAUGGCAGCACUUUCAGGUUCAUUUUGAUGCCAUUGUUUGACAUUGAAAACUAUUUUAUUAUAAUGAUAAUGAAGGGUUAAUAUUAUGUAAACGAGACCAAAAUAAAUUUAUUUCGUUAUUUAUCAUUUUAAUUUCAUUAUUUUUAUUAUUGGCACGUCUUGGGUGCCGUGAAACAGCCAUGUAUUUUGCAUUUUGGCCACGUACGACAGGGAAAAGUGCAAGUAUUGUUUCCACUUGCCAUUGCCGACGUAUAACUCGAUGGCUAUAAUAGUUUUUGGAUCAAUCAAUAUAAUAAUAAAAGAGAAAAGAGGUUAACUUACGUCUAAAGAUACAUACAGAAUAUUUAU